AACGCUUUUUUUCUUCCAUAUAAAAGAGUAAAGAAAUAGUUGAGUUCAUUGAGAGCCAAGCCAGCGUUUGUGUUGACUGCUCAGAGUCCACGAACUCGGGCUUUUCUUUAACAUCUCACUGCACGCUACAUCUCAGGGACAUUUCCGGUCAUCUAUAUCUGAGAGACAUCAGUCAUGGCUUACCACAGCUUUCUGCUGGAGCCCAUCAGCUGCCACGCCUGGAACAAGGAUCGCACUCAAAUUGCACUGUGCCCCAAUAACCAUGAUGUCCACAUCUAUAAAAAGGAGGGGAAUAGCUGGAACAAGAUCCAUGUGCUGAAGGAGCACAAUGGCCAAGUCACUGGUAUCGACUGGGCUCCGGAGAGCAACCGCAUCGUGACCUGUGGCACUGACCGUAACGCUUACGUGUGGACCAUUAAGGGUGAUGUGUGGAAGCCCACUCUGGUCAUCCUCAGGAUCAAUCGCGCCGCCCGCUGCGUUAAAUGGUCACCCAAGGAGAACAAGUUCGCUGUGGGGAGUGGCUCUCGUCUCAUCUCGGUCUGCUACUUUGAGCAGGACAAUGACUGGUGGGUUUGUAAACACAUUAAGAAGCCCAUUCGCUCUACUAUCCUGUGCCUGGACUGGCACCCUAACAACGUCUUGCUGGCUGCUGGAUCGUGUGAUUUCAAGUGCAGGAUUUUCUCAGCCUAUAUUAAAGAAGUGGAGGAGAAGCCGGCUCCAACUCCAUGGGGCUCCAAGAUGCCAUUCGGAGAGGUGAUGUUUGAGUCGUCCGGCACUGCGGGCUGGGUGCACGGGGUUUCCUUCUCCGAGAGUGGGAAUCGCGUGGCCUGGGCUAGUCACGAUAGCACGGUGGCUGUGGCUGAAGGAGGCAAGACUGCUGUAAUCGCCAGUCUGAGCUCAGAGACACUUCCCCUGCUUUGCGUGACCUUCAUCACUGAGAACAGCUUAGUGGCAGCAGGCCAUGACUGUUACCCUGCGCUGUUUGUCUACGAUGCUGCGAAAGGAGCUGUGACUUUCGGUGGAAAACUCGACGUUCCCAAGCAAAGUGCUCAGAAAGGUAUGACUGCCAGGGAGCGUUUCCAGAACCUGGACAAGAAAGCCACGUCAGACACCAAGGAGGCCGUGCUGGAGUCCCUGCACAAAAACAGCAUCAGUCAAAUCUCAGUGCUUGAUGGAGGGAAAGGGCAGUGCUCCAAAUUCUGCACCACUGGGAUGGAUGGAGGAAUGACUAUUUGGGAUGUCAAGACCCUCUCAUCUGCCAUGAAAGAUCUGAAGAUUGUCUAAAAGUGGACUUCAUGGCGUCCUGAAGAAAAACUGGAUCAUGAGUGCUGGUUUGAACUUAAAUAAAUAAAUAAAUAAAAAUCAUAUCAUGGAUAAUCAUCAAUUAUGUGAUAGUAUGGCAAGCAUUUAUUCUUCUGAAAGCAGAUGACCCAAGCCGCUGCGAUGCUGCAGUGCACUUCCAAACCACUGAUACAGUUUAUGACUCUUGGUACUGCUCACUUACUGAUUACUGUCUUAAAAAAUUCAAACUUUUAAUAAAAAUAUUCUGGAAUUGGGA